AUGUUGAACUUACUCUCUGAAAUUUUCACCAUAAAUACAGCAACUUUAAGUGGGUGUAUUGAUAUUAUUGUCAUCAAGCAAGCUGAUGGAACAUUGGCAAGUUCACCGUUUCAUUUGAGAUUCGGUAAACUAAAAGUUUUAAAAUCUAGUGAUAAGAUUUUAAGCGUAUAAGUGAACGGCAAAGAUGUUGAUCUUAUUAUGAAGUUAGGCUCAGCAGGUGAAGGAUUCUUUGUUCAUGAGACAGCUGUAAUUAUCAUUAAAUUUGUUAAGAUAGUGUUGAUUGAUCUAUAGGAGGAAGUUUUUGAUAAUGAGUACCGAGCUAGUCCACUUAUGAGUUCAGGAGAGGUAUCACCAAGAAAUUAUUCCUCAAGUGAUGAGACUGAAGAAAAAUAGAACAUUGAUGCCACUGAUAUUUAAGCCGUGGUGAAUGAUCUACAAAAGAUAUAAGAUAGCCAAUAGGAUAGCACACUCACAAAUGAUCCUAAAAAUGAAGUCUCAUUAGAUAAUAAAAGUGCAGCAAGCACCCAGUAGACGAUGAUUGAAGAUGAUGAAGAGGAGAAAAUAGAUCUAAGACUACUAUAAUAAUCACCAAAAGCAAUUAGAAGAUCUAUAGAGGAAUAAUUCAAGCAAGAAAUUGAAAAAGAGAUAGCUUCAAGCAAAAAUAAUAAUGACAAAAAAGAGGAAAGAAUCAGUAGAUGGAGAUGGCUUUGGGGAGAAUAACCUGAAUAGAACAUGAAUUCGUCAAAUAAAAUUAAGGAGAUUAAGGUAGAAAAGAGUCCAUAGGCUUAGCUCGAAUAAGAUAAGUCUCCUUAAAGACUAGAACAGAGUUAGCAGUUAUCUGAAAAAUAGACUAUCGAAGGCUAGAUCAAACCAGAUCUGACGAAAAAUGAUCUAGAAAAAAAUAAAGUUCAACCAAUCAGUAAUAAUGGAUAAAAAAUAGUUGAAAGCUCAUAACAUGAAUAAUAGACUGAAACAGAAAAGAAAGGUUUCCUUCGAAGAAUGUUUGGGUAUUUCAAGAAAUCUCCCUCUGAAAAUACGAUACUAAUAGAUACAGCUUCACAGAGCAAUCAGAAUUCAAAUAAUUAAGGCAAUUCUCAAAAUAACUUAACCAAUGAGGAUGAAGAUGAAGCAACUGAGAUUAAUCUUUCUUUAUGCGCUCAUAUGAUUAUGCCAAUAGGGGGUUAAUAAAAAUCUGAUGAGGAAAUAAUUCAAGCAUUUGAAGAGAAUAAGAUUAAUUAUGAUCAAUUUUGUGCAAGUCCUCAUCUUUUGCUAAUGGAUUCUAGACUAGUAAUUAGAAUCGAAGAUCAGUACUUUAAUUGGGCGACUGCAGCUCCAUUCAUUAUUUCUAUGCUUGCAUUCAAAUAACCUCUUUCAAAUGAAAUCAUUGGAGAACCUUUAGUUGUGCUGAAAUCAUCUUAAUAUGAAUCUUAAGAAAUAACUGAAGAUUAGAAUGAAAAUUAUUCCUCUAAUAACCAAGUGUCUCAACCUGAGCAUCAUGUUAUUACAAACUCAAAUGACCUACCGAAAAAGAACUUUUAAGACGACUCUCCAAUUUAAACUGCUUCAAAUAAAAAGACUAAAAUUUACUAUAAGAAGAGUUUAAUCCCAACUUCUGAAUAACUGUAGAGUAUGGAACUUCAUGAGGGAGUCAAUGACAUAGUAUUUACAGUCACCACUUCACUUCUUGGAAAGCAGUAGCUCUAGAGUAGAAUAUUUGUUUGGGAUUGCAGAGAUAAAAUAGUAAUCUCAGACGUAGAUGGAACUAUCACUAAAAGCGAUAUGCUAGGACAUGUACUCCCACGCUUUGGCAAGGAUUGGACUCACUAAGGAAUCGCAAAGUUAUACACUGGUAUUGAAAAGAAUGGCUAUAAGAUUUUAUAUCUUUCGUCUAGACCGAUUGGGCUUGCUGAUUUUACUAGAGAGUAUUUGAAAGGAAUAAAGUAAGACGAAAAAUUUGGGAUGCCUGAAGGCCCUGUCAUUAUGAGUCCUGAUAGAAUGGUGAAAUCAAUGAACAGAGAGAUUAUAUAAAAGAAACCCUAGAUGUUCAAAAUAGCAGCAUUAAAAAAUAUCUAUAAUCUAUUCCCUGAAGAUAGUCAUCCAUUUGUUGGUGGUUUUGGGAAUCGUGAUACUGAUGCUAUUUCAUAUAGAGCUGUUGGUGUAUCACUAGAUAAAAUAUUCAUAGUCAAUGAUGAUGGAGAAAUAUUCCUUUUUAAUAGCUAACACAAAAAGUCUUAUAAUCUCUUGGCUGAUGUUGUCGAUGAUAUGUAUCCUUGCUUGAUUGAAACUGCUAAGUAAAGCCAUAAUCUUAUCCAAUUUAAUCUUAUUUAUAGACAAAUUACGAAUACAAUUAAGGAUAGCGUCUAAAUUUUAGCUCAAGAAAUUGAAAAUGAACUUAAUCAGUCUAAAGAUGAAUAUAAGCCAGACCCAGUUUUAAAAAUUUCUUCAGAUACAAAUCCAAUUCCUCCUGAAGAGAUAGAAGCUUUACUUUAAGGCUAACACCAAGAAGAUACAAAAAAUAUUGAAGAAAAUGAUUUAGAAGUAAAAGAUCAAGAAUUCAUAUGA